AUGACAACGUGGGAUGUGGAGACGUUUUAUGAGAUGGCCGAAGCUCAAUCUAAGAUUAUGGACAUGGGUUCUCGGCUUUUGAUUUUGGAUAAUUUGGGCCAUCUGACCGACUGCAUCCUGCGACUUGCAUUCUACGAUGCUACACCGGCUUCGAAUGCAAUAUUAUACAGCUUAUUGGCAUUGUCAUCUCUAAAUCUAGGUCGAACUGGUCCGGCAGUGGUAUUGAAGAUCAAGGCGCUAUCGUACCUCCAACAGUCGCUGCGACUAGGGAAUAUCGGCCAUAGGACUGCUCAACAUCUCAUGGCUAGCAUGCUCUUAUAUCUUUGCGAGACAUUUCAAAUAUCGAGCACUACAAAGGACUGGGCGGAAUAUCUAUGUGGCGCGAAGCAAAUCGUUGUUUCGGGUGUCCUAGCUCAAGAAGUCCAUGCCGACAUUUCCCUACUCUUCGAUUGGGUUUCAUACCACGAGAUAUUUGCUAGGUUCGGCCUUGUAUACUGGAAGCCAGCGGUGGCCAUGCGAGGAAUGAGAUUUUGCGCCAUGGAUCCUGUGGCCGCAAAGAUGCUUGUGCCACGGCAUGAUUUUGGCUGCGACCGCCAGGUUCUCGACUACACGUCUUCUAUUUUCACAGCUCUCAUGCCGCGCAUUACAGAGGAUAAGGAUCUAACCCACUCACAAACGCAAGAUCUCUACGUCGUGGAAGCCAAGUUACGAAGCGGUCUAUUGGAAUCUCCACCAAUAGAUGUAACAUCAACUGAAAUCUCCAGAGACCGCGACAAGACUACAGAACUGUACCGCAUCGCCGCAUUGAUCUAUCUAAACCGAGCAGCACUGGGAUAUUCAGGCGAAGAACUACGUCACAGAAAUCUCGUGCACAGAGGACUGGAUCUCUUGUGUGGCAAGUUGACUUAUGUACCUCCGUGGCCCGUCUUCAUGAUAUCCUGUGAAGCAAGAGAUGAUGCUCAGCGGAUGACGGCUCUGCAAAUACUGGCCAAGGCUGGAGAGGAACCACGGUCGUUCAACAUGAGGUUGUUACGGGAGCUUGUGGAGGCAUGUUGGAAUCAAGAUGACCUGCACGAUGAAGAGGCAAUGGAUUAUCACACGAAGUUGCGUCUUGCUAUCCAAUCUGCUCCGUACGUUCCGCCAUUCAGCUAAAUGGUUUUUUAUUAAACUAUACUUUGACAACACUGUCUCUCAUAUCUUCCUGAAGAGGUUAAUUGAGAAGCCCCCCGAUUUCUUAUCUUGUAGCUUAAUUCCAGAACCUUUAGCUUGUGGUACCUUGCCAGGGGCCUUAUAUAUCGGGGGUGGCAGCCGUUCUUUCACAUCAAAGUUGGCUCCUCUAUCAAGGAGUAGGUUAACAAUCUUUUCAUGUCCAUUUGAGGAAGCCAAGUACAGCGGCGACCGGCCAAUGGAAUCUCGUAUAUUGAUUUGGGCUCCCCUAUCCACCAACAGUUCGACGAUGCUCUCAUGUCCCUGCGCGGCGGCUUCUUGUAGCGGUGUAUGUUGAGAGCGGUAGUGCGUCAAGUCAACUGUAGCGCCGCUAUUAAGCAACAGCUUGGCAGUACUGUAAUGCCCUCUCUUGCAAGCUAACCGCAAGGGUGUUUCGUUGGGUUGAUCAAAAGAGUUGACGUCGGCGCCCUUGUUGAGCAAAAGCUCAACGAUGUCAUCAAAUCCUUUAUCAGCCGCUACUAUUAUUGGUGUCUCCACAGACUUUUCAUACUUAAAGUCAACUUUGGCCCCGUUAUCAAGCAGCAGC